GAGCUGGGAAGUUUCUUACCUACUGUAGGUAACGCGUGACUGGAACAAAGUGUUAGUAUAAUUGACUCCCUACACCACCACACCACGCGUGUAACUAUCUAUGUCAUAAAUGGCCAAUAGUCAUUGAAACAACACCACGUUGACUCUAAGUUGGGCGGAGGCGUGAGAAGAAAAGACGGCGAUACAGAAGUGGGGGAACUUAGCUUAGUCAGCUUCACAUGCCAAACUCAACUCCCUGCAGGUGGUCUUCCGCUUUGUUAUCAUCAAACUUCGCUUGCGGCCUCAAACAUGAUUAAUAUCUACCAAAAGUUACCAGCUGGACUUACUGUCGGUGGAUCGCUCCGCUGCUCGACCAUUUUCACCAGAACUACUGUAGACUAGCACAAGUACCACUCGACCGAGAAUCUCUGUCAGAAUAUCGCCUUUAGUCUGCCGUUAGUGGCACUUUUCUACCGCUACACGGGCCCUAGGCACCAUCGCGAAAUGUCCGCCGAAAAUUGGAGUCCAUGAACGAUCCUCUUUUUUUUUACCUCAUUAUUACGACAUCUACUUCUAGGAGCUCCAAUAAUAUUACGGAGAAAAGGCAAUCCCAGUACUAUAUCAAUUCACAAUUUCACAAAAAAAAUCGGCCACAUUUCUCUUCACUACUACUUCAGCAAACUUCGUCUCACCCAACCCCUUAACCUUAUCCAACAUGGAACAAAGCCAACGUCGAACUCCCUUCUCUCAUAUACGAGCACAAUCCGCAGAUAUUGUCCAGAGCAACAUGUCUACCUCCAUGCUCUUCUCGAUGCUGCCUUCAGCAUUGCAAGCACGAAUUCCUCGACUUUCCUCCCUCCGUCGAUCCGUUAGCAGCAUUGCAUUGUCACAAAGUUUGGUUUCACCAACGCCAACGACGGGCUUCCACACUCCAGAUAUGGGCUACACGACAGCCAUGGUACUUGGUCGAUCGAAUGAUCUCGGUGGAGAGUAUGGUUCAAGCAUCGACUCGGAUGAUGAGGGAUUACAAAUGACCACUGUUGCAGCCAGUUCCUCGGAAGAAAUCCAACUUCAUGAAAAUAGUACAGGCAUAUCGUGGAAGUAUGCCAAUCAGGGUAAGUGGUUCCAUUGGUGGUGACUGGGUCAUUCUAACAUCCAUUGAUAGGCCUUAAUCUUCUUGGCCACGCCGUCAGCGAGUCCUCGGCCUGCCACCAGACUGGCGGCAUUGGAAACGCCAGCUUUGCAAGACAAAUGUAUAUUCACUCCCUCACCUACCUUCUUCGCGCACUCCCACACGACAUGACGACCGAGGAGCAACUGAGUGUGCGAAGCUCAUUGCCCGAAGGCGUGGUUGAGCCGUUGGGAUUCGCCGUGGAGGGAGGCAUGCCCAAUACUGCCACUGGCAGUCUCAAACUACCGCAACGAAAACCAUCUCUUCUUCAUCGAACCCUCGCCACGACGAUCGUUCAACUGGUCAUAUUUUUCCAACUUAUUUUCCCACAUAUCAAGAACUUUCUCCAAUCGGCAUAUCGAUAUGAUCGACAACAUAAGAUCACGGAGAAGGUUCUCACUCAAGGUGUGACCACUGUAGAUGAAAUUGGCAAACGUGGCCUGACGGUCACGGGUGCGAUAUAUGGCAUGGGGAAUGGCAGAGUUGGGGAGCUGAUUACCGAGAGCGCUACAUGGCUGGUAGAAGGUGUGUCAGGAGGGAUACAUGAGGGUCUUGGGGAAGGAAUGGCCAUGAUGGGCGGGAUGAGAACGCCCGGUUUGGACAAUAAAUGAAAGCGAGGUUACGGGACCACGCUGGCGUAUGGUUUAUGUGACAUCCAUUAGUGAUUAUCGGUGGGAGUUUGUUUUCAUAAUACCCUGGGAAGGAGGAGUUUGGAUCGAUUGGGCCGUCCUGAGUCUGGAUGAGUUUUGAUUUUGAUCUGAUUUUGAUUUGAUUUUGAUUUGAUUUUGAUUUGAUUCUGAUUUGAUUUUGAUUUUGAUUUUGAUUUGAUUUUGAUUUUGAUUUUGAUUUUGAUUUGAUUUUGAUUUGGUUUUGUUUAUAGAUUUGCAUUUGCCAUUGAGUAGAAGUUGAUGAUGAUAUGUUCUUUUCUUGAGUAGCUAAUUUAAUUGAUGAUCGUAUGUUCUUUUUUGAUUAUUUAAUUCCAUUAAUUGAAUUUGUAUUACCCGUACGCAAAUAUCCGUAUCAUUCAUACAAAUACCUUUCCGAGAACUACGCCUUUGCCAGAGCUUGAGUUGAGGCAACUGUUCAUGCUCAGAGUCUCAGCCACCUGAGAUGCAGGUGGUGCAGCACCCCGGGCGAGGUCGGGUGCAGUUACAGACGCGUGCACGUGACCGAGGGUGGCAACUGGCAGGGGUCCACGGACGGGGGUUCUGAUAGAGGUCUGUUCCCGCGGUUAUCCCGGCGUUAGGUUAGUGCAAAUCGAAAAUCGUAGAUUUUUUUCCGCUGAUAGACGUGAGAGACCCAGAGGCACCUCGCACUCUGAAUAUCCCACAACAACAACAACAACGGCAUUCAAUCGCCAUCAGCAGAUCUCAAUUUUCCUCGUUGACUACAUGUCACCUGUGUAUUUGACUCGUAUCAUUCAGUAAAUUGAUUUUCAUUGAAGCUGCCGUCGUCUGGAGAUCAUGUUCAACGCAGCAUGCCGCAGAGGCCCUGCCUCGAUACCACGAGUCCUUCGCACCGCAACAACAACCUCAGCCUUCCGAAUUUCGUCUGCGAGACCUUCGCCGCUUCAAUGGACCUCAUCCACAUCCACAUCCAAAUCCAUUGCCGCGAGGCCGCUCGUGGAGACGAGAUGGCUACAUGUAUCGUCGAUGUUGAGAAGUCAAGCGGCCGGGGCCAGAGAACACGCGCCACAGGAAAAACAGACAUAUGAGAUUACCAAGUUUAAUGAGUUGCUCCAGCACGACUUGGUCCAUCCAAAUAUCGUCAACCGAAUUACAAGGGGGAUGGGCCAUCACACCAUGACCUCGGUCCAGUCCAUGACCAUCAAUCAAGCCCUUCAAGGCGCAGAUAUGUACGUUGUGAUGGUUUCAAAACUCGAUAGAAUCCAAACUGAUAGUAUUUAGUAUUGCACAAGCUCGUACCGGAACCGGAAAGACCCUUGGUUUCCUCGUCCCAACUUUGCAAAACAUUCUGGCGAGAAAUCCUGACCUCGCCGUACGAAAGAGGUACUCUCGAGCUCGCGCUUCAGAUAUCCGCGCCAUCAUCAUAUCACCUACCCGUGAAUUGGCUGAGCAGAUUGCCGUCGAAGCGCAGAAACUCUGUCAAGACACAGAUUUGAUUGUUCAAGUCGCAGUUGGUGGAAACAGCAAGAGAGAUAUGUUGAUGAAGACUCGCAGAGAGGGAUGUCACAUUCUUGUUGGAACACCCGGCAGAUUGUAUGACUUACUGAGCGAUCCGCGAAGUGGCGUGGAAGCAAACGAUUUGACAACUUUGGUGAUGGAUGAGGCUGACCGUCUUUUGGACGAUGGAUUUUCGGUGGCGAUUGACGAAAUUCAGAAACUUCUACCUGAUAGAGAACAAGUUGAUCGACAAACCCUCCUGUUCUCUGCCACCGUUCCUAGAGAGGUUAUGCAUCUGGUCAAACGAACAUUAAAGCGCGGCUUCCACUUCGUACAAACUGUGAAAGAAGGAGAGCUCGCCACGCAUGAGAAAGUCCCACAGUUUCUCGUAGCAAUGCCUGGUUACGAGAAUUUCAUGCCGGGCCUUUUCGAGUUCUGCAAACGGGAGGUUGAAAAAGCUGCAAAAGGAGAGGCAAUGCCAUUCAAGGCCAUCAUCUACUUCCAGUCUACAGCCAACGUACAACUUUCAUACCGAAUUUUUGACAAUUUGAUCGACCAGAGUGGUGGGCGAUUUGGCAAAUCGCCACUGCAUCCAGCAGAGUUCUCCCAAAUCCAUGGCCAGUUGAGUCAGGGGCAACGACAACAUACCUCUGACCGCUUCCGAAGAGCCAAAUCUGCUAUUCUAUUUUCAACUGAUGUUACUGCCCGUGGAUUGGAUUUUCCAAAUGUCAGCCAUGUAAUCCAAAUCGGCUUACCUUCCAACCGCGAUCAAUACGUUCAUCGAGUCGGUCGAACUGGUCGAGGAGAUAAGGCGGGAGUUGGAUAUCUUUUCAUCCACGAGUCAGAAAUCAGAAUGGCCGAUAAUAUGCUUCGAGGACUUCCACUUAAGGAAGAUCUGAGUCUCGAAAUGGCAAAGGUUGAUAUGACCGAAGAUGCCCAGCUACCUGCGUCUGUGGCAGAUAUUAUCAGCAAGAUUUCGGAUGCUACUAAGAUGGUCGAUCGAGAGACGAAAUAUGCAGCUUACAUGGGUGCACUGGGCCAAAUGAAAGGUAUUUCUAGAGGGAUCGAGGUAUUGAACCAAUGGACCAAGUUUGGAUGGGGCUGGGCAGAGCCACCGAGUGUCUCACCAGCUCUUGCGGCGAGAUUAGGUAUUAGAUCCUCGAAUGUUGGCAGAAGCGGCGGAUCGGGGAGUAGAUUUAGUGGUGAUGAUGGAGGCCGAGGUGGGGUUGGUGGUCGUGACAGAGAUCGUGGUGGCUUUGGUGGUCGUGAUAGAGAUCGCGGUGGCUUUGGUGGUCGUGAUAGAGAUCGCGGUGGCUUUGGUGGAGACAGAGGAGGCAGAGACAGAGGAGGCAGAGACAGAGGAGGAAGAGACCAAGGCGGAUUUGGUGGAGACAGAGGAGGAAGAGACAGAGGAGGAAGAGACCAAGGCGGAUUUGGUGGCAGAGGACGAUCCUCUGGAUUUGGAAGAGAUGGUGGAGAUAGGGAAUCGUUCCGAGAGAGAAAACGAUUUUAAACGACCGCCACGACCGAACGAUAUAUCCACCCCAAAAGAAUUAGGGUGGGCAAAGGAAGGAAUGGAGGGGAGGGAUGGUAUAAUGGGUGUACAUUAG